CUCGCCGUCGCCGCUCAGUAUGACCCAAGCACCUGGCUUCCACCGGCGAGAGCUCCCCGAUGGCCGGAAAGCUCCACCGGAGCUGGUAGCAGCCGGGUGAGAUGAUCUGAUGGCGAGAACAGAGCAUCCGGUCCCGGAUAAGAACUCUCCCAAAAUGCUCCUCCCUUUUGUGGUCGACAACUGUUCCAACGGUGUCUGCUUAAGUGGGCUCAACUCUAUGGUUCCUCGAAUGUUCUUGUUCUUCCAGUUAUUGGAAUGGCCUCGGUGGGCUACGUUGCAGGCCUAUGGUGUUGCUGUAGGCUGAGAAGAUCUUCCACUUCGAGGAUUGUAAGCUCAUCUUCAUCCCCGGAGGUCGGUGUUUCUUCCCGGAGGCAGGUGCUGGACCGGGUGGAUAAGGAGCUCAUGAAGGGAGAUGAGAGGGCGGCCCUUGCCCUUGUCAAGGAUUUGCAGGGGAAGCCCGGCGGACUCCGGUGUUUCGGUGCUGCUCGGCAGGUACCUCAGAGGCUGUAUACUUUGGAUGAGCUGAAGCUCAACGGCAUUGAAACAGCAUCUCUCCUAUCCCCAGUCGACGCAACUCUUGGUGCUGUUGAAAGAAACCUUCAGCUUGCUGCUGUUGCCGGAGGGGUAUCGGCAUGGAAUGCCUUCGGUCUCUCCCCACAGCAAAUACUGUAUAUCUCUUUGGGCUUAUUGUUCCUCUGGACAUUCGACUCGGUCUCGUUCAAUGGAGGAGUUAGCAGCUUGCUUCUCGACACAGCGGGUCAUACCUUCAACAAAAAAUAUCACAAUAGGGUUAUUCAGCACGAAGCUGGCCACUUCUUGAUUGCCUACUUGCUGGGGAUUCUCCCGAGGGGAUAUGCGAUCUCUAGUUUCGAAGCUUUGCAGAAGGAAGGCUCUCUCAAGGUUCAAGCAGGAACUUCCUUUGUGGAUUUCGAGUUUCUUGAAGAGGUCAAUUCAGGAAAAGUAUCGGCUACGAUGCUCAACAGAUUCUCUUGUAUAGCGCUGGCGGGGGUGGCCACAGAAUAUCUCCUAUACGGGUAUGCUGAAGGAGGACUCGCCGAUAUAAACCAGUUGGAUUUGCUGCUUAGAAGCUUGGGAUUCACCCAGAAGAAGGCAGACUCUCAGGUCAGGUGGUCAUUGCUGAACACGGUUCUGAUUCUGCGGCGCCAUGAGGGGGCUCGGGCUAAGCUUGCAGAGGCGAUGUCUGCAGGAAAAUCGGUCGGGUCCUGCAUCGACACCAUAGAAAAUGCCAUAGAUGAAGCAGAAAUAUAAGGAAUGGAUAUGUCUACAGUUGCUUAAUAGCCAGAUCCGGUGAUCGAUUGAUGCAUCAAUGUAAAUCCCAGAUAGACACAAAUCAGAUGGAUGAAUCGACAAAAACUCAAAACAGAUCUCGAUAUACUCAAUGUUGUUUCAUGAAUCAACUUAAUUAUCGGUGUGUA